ACCUGGGCAGUCAAGUGAAUCCAGGUAUCACUUAUCAUUUCUUGAAUCUCGAGGUGUCCUUUCCACCUCUCAUAUUCAUAUUUGCGGUCGAAUCUGCAUAACUAGAACUCUUUUCUACAUAUUAUCAUCUCUUAUUGAAAACUCUAAUACUACACGAAAUCCUAGAAUAUUCUCAAGUACCACAUCCUAUUAGCAUUUUCGAACCUGGAAGAAUGACAUUACCUUCAGAUUAUUAUGCCGUUCUUGGCGUACCAUCCACUGCAACCCAGCAACAGAUCCGCAAUGCCUACAAAAAAGCAGCUUUAAAAACCCACCCCGAUCGGGUCGCCUCUGACUCCCCCGAACGUGCGGAAAGAACCCGUAAAUUUCAACAAAUCAACGACGCAUACUAUACCCUUUCUGAACCCACUCGUCGUCGCGAUUACGACGCUGCCCGUACAUAUCAUGGAUUUGGCUCUGGGGCCUCCACAGCCUCUACAUCUAUGGAUGACGAUGAAGAAAUUCCCGAUCCAUCUGCUGGACCCGGUGGAUUCCCAUGGUCUAGUUUUGGCUUCUCGUCAAAGGCGAAGAAUCCAGAGGAGGAAGAGAAGUUUCAAGACGCACAAUUUGGAGAUGUAUUUGAGGAGAUGUUGAGAGAAGAGGGAAUGGCAGAGAAUAAUAAUUCACCUACCGGGAAGUUCUGGAGUAUGGUGGGUGGAUUGAGUGGAGGAGCUAUGGGAUUUAUUGUUGCGAAUUUCCCGGGAAUGUUGGCUGGAGCUGUGGCAGGAAAUAGGUUGGGUGCUGUGAGAGACGCUAGGGGGAAAAGCGUUUAUUCUGUUUUCCAGGAACUUCCUCAAGGUGAUAAAGCAAGAUUAUUAAGUCAGCUCGCCGCAAAGGUUUUCAGUCAUGCUGUGGGUUCAUAAAUUACGAUUUGAUACGAAUUUGAAGAAUUAUCUUUUGCGUUAAACUUAUUGAUAAUGGAGCUGGCGUUAGAGGACUACAGGGUUAGGUUAUUGAGGGUAUUGGGUACAGUUGAUAAAAUACAGCAAGCGAAUAGGAGAUUUAUACGAUGGUCGGGUAGCGUGGAUAGGUCAAAUGAUGUAUGCAGAUUUCCAAUACAGCAGCGUAAGGAGCUAAAUUUCUGUAUCCGUGAGGUAAAUCAGGUGAUGUGUGAAGGGGCUGCAUUACUAACGGAGAAGAAGUUAGACAGAUAAAACAAAUAGAUCGUCGGGAGUAAUCUUUGAAGAUGCAUGUAUUCGUGCUCGCCUUCAAUUAAUAGGCAAUGGAAGCUUGAUACCGGGCAUCGCUUGUAGAACUCAUUAAGCUCACCAAAAGCAUUUGGCUUGAGUCUAUGGAGACAAAUAGAGUUAAUCCUACUAUGUAGCCGAACUCACUUAUUGAUUCCCCUCAUCUAAUCACAUCAUGAA